GCCGAGUAUGAAAAGACGGACACCUGCAUGAGUAGUCCAACGUAAUUAGGAUAAGCCUCACCUACUUAGUUGGACUAUUUGUUACUAAAUAAUGCAAUACACUAGCUAGUACGCUACGUUUUAUUUCCUUCCCUCUCAUUUUUUGAACAAACAAUCAAUCCCUUAUAAAUAACAUUCUCCAUCAAUUAUUGUCUACCCUGAAACAACUAAGUUAUCAAACAAACAAAACUAAAAUGGCUUCCAUUUUCCUAAAAUCAACCAUUACCCUCCUCUUAAUUUUCUCUGCUCUUUCUGUUGCCACAGCUUUUGUCCUAGACACAGACGGUGAACCACUCUUCAACCAGGUGAACAAUAGCAGAUACUACAUCCUCCCCCAAACUAUAGGCAUUGGUGGCGGCCUCACAAGAACAACAAAAAACCCGGAAUUACCAUGUCCAUACUAUAUAACUCGAGACAACGAUGAAACCUCUAGUGGUAUGCCUCUAUAUAUUUCUUCCCCUCUCAGAAUAUUGUUCAUUCCCUUAUCUUCUCCUGUUCACAUUUCUUUCGAAGAAAUGACAACUAUUUGUAUUCAAGAAUCAAUGGGGUGGCGGGUGAUCUCUGACGACUCAACUGGUCGAUUGUACGUGUCUACUGGUGCUGGUCGUGGACCUGGGAGGUUCACUAUUGAGCAGGCUGAGAGUGAGUCAAGUAAUAAUGUGUACAAGAUUAGGUAUAUUGGUGCGCUUGACAGUGAAGCAGGUGCAGGUGAUCUUGGCUUUUUUAAGGAGGAUGGACUUUUGGGUAUUACUGAUGAUAUCCCUCUUACCGUUGUGUUCAAGAAAGCUUUUGAUGUUCCUGAAGAGACAACCACUUCAAUGUAGUCUACCAUAUAGUUCAUGCAUGAAUAAAGCUAAAUCUUUUCUUCUAGGUUAUGUAUGUGCAUCCUAUUUUAAGUCUCUAACUAGUAUUUAGGCCCGGGCGAUGCCCCAGAUUUUCUCUUUGCUACAAUUUAUUAGUAGUUAAAUAAGUAUUUUCAUACUCAUUUAAAAAAGUCAUCUUAUUCAUUAUAUGUAUUUCAAACGUUUUCCAUUCAUAUGUCAUCAUUAAUUUUGAUUACAAAAUCAAUAAUGGUAUGAUGGAGUAAUGGUUGGAUUUCUUACUUUCAUACUUGAGGUUAUGGGUUCGAAUCUUUACGUAAACAAUUCUUCUAUUUUUUUUACUAUAUGAGAAAGACGUGGAUAUAAUGUUAUUGGAUGAGGGAGGGUGACACGUUGCACAUAUACGUUCUUAGGAACGCCUUUUAAUAUAUUAGUAUAGAUUAGCUUGUUACGAAAAUACGAUCGAGUCCAGAAUCCGUACUGUAACUAGCUUGUUUGUUUGGCUCUUUUCACUUUUCGGUGUUUCCUUUUUAUAUCAAAAGAACAAGAAUAUUUGGGCGGCUAUUGGCAAA